CCAUGGGGUUUUCUGAGAACAUAUCAGAUUUCAUUCGGUAAUCAUAGACGCUCUUAAACAUGAGGUUCAUCGGUCUUGGCGCGUUUCUGGUCGUGGUCUGUGCCCUCGGCCAAGCUGCGAUCAUUGAGUCCCAAAACUUAGCGCCACCGCAAAGCCCUGACGUAUUUGCCAACACCAAGAGACUAAUCGAAGAGCUAACAGCAAACCUCUGCAGAUCUGCACAACAAGCUGCAGAUGCUAUGAAAGGUUUCGCAUCCGGCUUGAAGGACCAAGUUGGAAUUAUGAAAGAGAAGCUGCAUGCUGAUAUUCAGAAGUUGAGGAAUAGGGUAUCAGAAGCUAUCUCGAAUAUUGCGGAUAGGUUCUCUAACGCUGGUGGGGCGAUCGUAGAGUGUGUCGAGUCCCACAAGAAGCAAGCGGACCAACUCCUCAACGACGCUGUAUACAGAACUAUGACAUGCGCCGACGAAAAAGUCCAAGAAAUCAACAAUCUGAUCGCAAGGCAAGUCGAGAUAUCCCAGGGAGGUCUCGAUUUCGCCAACAGAGCUACAGAGGGAAUGAAGAAUUGCACAGACAACGACAACUACAUGUUCACCAAAGGAGCGUGCCUUGGUAUGCUUGCCUUGAAGACUGAAAUGAAGGGAGCCGUUUUCAUGGCUCAAAGCGGAAUCAACGUCGCCCGAGUUGACAUCGCCAUAGCCAAAUUACCCGUUGCACUAGAGCUGUGCGCCGGCCAGCGUCUCCUCGAAGCCGGCAUGGGCACAGCCAAGGUCAUCGUGGACCUGCAGAAGUGCAAGGUCACCAACUCAAUCGCCGCCUUCGCCGGCUCCAACCCUACCCUCCCUGAUGUAACGGCAACUGUUGAUAUCACUGUUGGAAACGAUCCUGUCGCCUUGGAUACUCCCAUUGAAAUUGAUAACAAGAUUAACUAAUUACGUAAUAUAAUGUAAAUAAGAAAUCCUAUGUAUAUUUUGUGGAAUAAACUUUUUUUCUUUCCAAA